AUGGAAUCAAAAAACCAUACAGGCAUAACACAAUUCCUCCUCCUUGGGCUUUUAGAUGAUCUUGAAUUGGAUCCCCUACUUUUUGGGGUGUUCCUGUCUAUGUACUUGGUUUCCGUGGUUGGGAACCUGCUCAUCAUGCUAGCCACGUGUAUUGAUACCCAACUCCACACCCCCAUGUACUUUUUUCUUUUCAACUUGUCCUUUGUUGACAUCUGUUUCAUUUCUACCACUGUCCCAAAGAUGCUGGUGAACAUACAGAUGCAAAGAAAAGACAUCUCCUACACAGAGUGCCUUACUCAGGCAUAUUUUUUUAUUAUUUUCCUUGGAAUGGAGAAUUUCAUAUUGACUGUGAUGGCUUAUGACCGUUUUGUGGCCAUCUGCCACCCCCUGAACUACAGAGUCAUCAUGAACCCUUGGCUCUGUGUCCUUCUGGUUUUGAUAUCUUGGGUCAUCAUGUUCUGGAUAGCCCUUGUACAUAUUCUACUACUAACAAAAUUGACCUUCUCUAUAGGCACUGAAAUCUCACAUUUCUUCUGUGAACUUGACCAGCUUCUUCAGGUGACCAAUUCUGAUACACUCAUCAAUAACAUCUUUGUAUAUGUUGUCACUGCACUUCUGGGUUUCUUUCCUGUGACAGGGAUUCUCUUCUCUUAUUCUCGUAUUAUCUCCUCUUUAAUGAGAAUGACUUCUGUUGCAAGCAAGCAUAAAGCACUUUCCACUUGUUCAUCUCAUCUCUGUGUGGUAUCUUUGUAUUGUGGAACAGGACUUGGAGUUUAUCUCAGUUCUUCUGUGACUGACUCUACCAGGAGCAACACAGUUGCCUCAGUGAUGUACACUGUGGUUACCCCCAUGCUGAACCCUGUCAUCUACAGCCUGAGGAACAAGGAUGUAAAAGGGGCACUGAGGAGACUUCUCAGGAAAGCAGCCUCUUGGCCCUAA